AUGGCCUUGGAUUCGGAGCCAUCGUUCAUUAGUCACCCCGCUCCCCUGCAGCCGCUGGAAGAGUCGCUUCGCGCGGACGAGCAGACACCGUUGAUCAAGCCCGGCAAGGCGGGUAUGGAGAAUGGGAGGCCGGCAGGUUUCCCGGCACCCCGCUCCCGCAACGAUGCUGCCGCCUCGCUCGGACCACGACGCCUGCCGCAGGCCAUAGCUCACAGAGGAUACAAAGUCGUCGCCCCAGAGAACUCAAUGCUGGCGUUCCGGGCGGCUGUCGAAGCGGGCGCGCACGCUAUCGAGACCGACUUGCACCUUUCCAGGGACGGCGUCGUCGUGCUGUCGCAUGACGCCGCGCUCAAGCGCUGCUUCGGCGAGGAUUCGAAGGUCCGCGACCACGACUGGAGGUACCUGAGCACGUUGCGGACGCUGCGCAAACCCGAACAACCUAUGCCUCGACUCGUAGAUCUGCUCGAAUAUCUGAAUCAGCCGGGGGUGGAGCACGUUUGGGUUAUGCUGGAUAUCAAGACCCAUGAUGAUGCCACCGAGCUCUUGCGGAGAACGGCCGAAGCCAUUGCUUCGGUACCGGGGAUACGGCCGUGGAGUGAGAGGAUAUUGCCUUGUUGUUGGAAUAUAAAAUAUGUCCAACUAACAAAAGAGUUCCUCCCCGGGUUUCCCAUUGCACACGUAGGAAUUUCAAGCAUAUACGCAAGAGCGCUCGCGAGUUAUGUACCGAACCUAUCUGUCAGUAUGCUUCGCAACCUUCUGGCUAUGCCGAUUACUGGCCGGCGCUUCAUACGGGAUAUGAAGAAGGCGGGUCAUCCCAUUUAUACGUGGACGGUUAACGAAGAACACUGGAUGGAGUGGAGCAUCGAGAAGGAGCUCGACGGCGUCAUAACAGACGACCCCAAGUUAUUCCUAGAGGUUUGCAAUCGUGCUGUUGGUAAGGAGGCUGAGGGCCAAGUGAGGAGGUUGGUAAACCGAUCCCUCAAGAUUACCGCGAGAGAUUUGUGGGACUGGGUACGGUAUAUACCCUUCAUUAUCGUCAUCAUGAUUAUCUACUUCGUCAGGAAUGGCUUGCCGCAGAUACAGGCUCGAAAGGCGCUAGGGAAAAAUAGAUAA